AUGCUUAAACAUGUAUUUUUUUGCUACCGUUGGAGAGCACAAUAUGGAUUCGGGAAAAGCAAAUUAAAUUUUUUAUGUGGUGCAUUGUGUUAUAGCAGUAAUAUAAAUAUGGAUAAGAUAAUACAUGAAAACAAAUAUGAGGAUAUAAAAAAUUUGAGAAGUCAAGAGCUUCGAAUAUUAUCAGAGAAUUGUUGUGUAAAAAAGGUUGACGAUGUAAUAAUAUGGAGUGAGAUAUGUCGUAAUUCUAUAGAAAAGUAUAAUAGUUUUAAAUAUUUUGAUGCUUUAUUAUUAUUAUCAUCGUUUGACAAAAUGAAUAUAGUGGAUAAGAGUUUAUAUAAGACAUUUUCGGAUGUAUUUAUUAAACAGAUAUCUUAUUUACAACCUGAACAUUUCAUUUUAUUAAUAAAUUUAUAUUGUAGAGUAAAUAUAUUUCCUCGUGUAUUAUUUACAGAGAUAUUUCAUGGUAUAAUAAAAUAUUGUAAUAAAUUAUAUCCAGAUGAAUAUGUAAAUUUAUUAACAUGUUUUGCAAAUUUAAAAAUUACAAAUAAAGAUUUAAUAAAAACAUUAUGUAAGAGUAUAAUUAAAAACAUUAAUUUAUUUGAUUAUAUACAUUUAACAAGUAUAGUUGGUGCAUUAAGAUCUUUAGAUAUAGCGGAUGAUAUAUUUUAUUAUGUAAUAGAUCAAAAGCAAUUAAAAGAAUUAAAAUUCUUAACCGUUCAGGAGAUAUUUGAUCAUAUAAAAAAAAUAAAAUUAUUGCAAUAUAGUUGGAAAUUAUAUGAAAAAGAUUUAAUGAAAGAAUUUUUAUUCAAAGUGUAUAAUUUUAAAAAUGAAAAGGAUGUAGACCAGCUAGAUGAUCCUUUUGUUUGUUUAAAUUUUUUGGUUUCCAGGGGAUUGCUGCAAGGUAAUAAUAACACUAACGGUAAAAAUAAUAAUAAUAAUAAUAAAAAAAAUAAUAAUGAUGAUAAUAAUAAUAAUAAUAAUAAUGAUAAUAAUAAUAAUAGUAGUAGUAGUGAUUACAUUGAUGAUAUUAAUUGUGGUGGUGCUAAUUUUCUCGUGGCCUUAAGCAAGUGGUGUGCUAACCAGGUCUAUCAUUAUCCUUCCCGUUCAACAAAAAGACCAACAAGUUAUCAACUCAUAAAGUUAUAUGAAUUAAUGAAAGAAUUUAAUAUACAUAAUUUUGAUUUUAUUGAAAAAGCAAUAUACAGAUUUGUUAUUACUAGAGGAGGCCUAGAAAACAACCGAGAUAAAAUGUUUAAACCUACUUCGUAUCAAAAGGGAAGAAAGUAUAUAUUCACCAAAGAUCCUCAAAUUGAUCAUAUAAAUUAUGAAAAAAAUAAAGAAAAUUCAUAUUCUCAUCAUUAUAAUUUUAAGGAUCACACAACAAAUUAUGAACAACAAAAUAUGCAUUAUCAAACGAAUGAUUAUAAUGAUGAACAUAACAUGAACCAACAAAAGACUUUAUCAGAAAAACUUAAAAGAAUAAAAUUAAGUAUGGAAAAAAAAACACAGAAUAAAAAAGAAACACAUUCAAAUUCGAGAUAUUCCAAUUUUAAAUUACGACAAAGACCAAAAAGAAUAAAAAAUAGUCCAGCACCAAUAAAAGUAUGA